AUGGCGGCGGGUCAGCCGCAGUUCCGCUACUCGCAACCGCCGUCGAAGGUGCUGCAUGUGCGCAACCUGCCGUGGGAGGCGACGGAGGAGGAACUCGCGGAGCUCUGCAAGCCCUUUGGCCGCGUCGUCAACACCAAGACCAGCGUCGGCGCCAACCGCAAUCAAGCGUUCGUCGAAUUCGCGGAUAUGAACCAAGCCAUCGCCAUGGUAUCAUACUACGCCUCAUCAUCCGAGCCAGCGCAGGUUCGGGGAAAGGCGGUGUACCUGCAGUACUCGACGCGGCAGGAGAUCACCACAUCCAACAAGACCGGCGAUUCCUCCUCCGGGAAUGUCCUGCUUGUGACUAUAGAGGGGGUUGAGGCUGGCGACGUGACUAUAGACGUGCUUCACCUGGUCUUCUCAGCAUUUGGGUUCGUCCAGAAGAUUGCAACCUUCGAAAAAAGUGCCGGCUUUCAGGCACUGGUGCAAUAUGGCGACCCAGAGACUGCCAACAGCGCCAAGACCUCCUUGGACGGCAGGAGCAUUCCCAGCUAUUUGCUCCCGGAGCACGUGCAGACAUGCAGUCUGCGCAUCUCCUUUUCGGCCCACACGGACCUCAACGUCAAGUUCCAGAGCCACCGCAGCCGCGACUACACCAACCCCUACCUCCCGGUUUCCUCCUCCGCCACCGAUGCCGGCGUGCAGCUCACCCCAGGGCCUGUAGCAGCGGUGAAGGGCGAAGCAGGAAGCAACGUGCUGCUGGCUUCUAUUGAAAACAUGCAGUACCCCGUCACCAUGGACGUGCUCCACGCCGUCUUCUCAGCAUAUGGCGUGGUGCACAAGAUUGCCAUCUUUGAGAAGAGUGCUGGAUUCCAGGCGCUUGUCCAGUUCCCAGACAUAGCAGCGGCCACAUCAGCCAAGGAUGCUCUGGAGGGGCACUGCAUCUACGAGGGGGGCUACUGCAAGCUGCGCAUCUCCUUUUCCCGCCACACCGACCUUAAUGUCAAGGCCAACAACGAUCGCAGCAGGGACUUCACUCGCCCAGACCUGCCCACAGUCGCCCCCAUCCCUGCUCCCUCCACCACCGCCACUACCACAGCCGGUAUCCUCUCUCCUAACAUCAGUACCACCGCCGCUGCCGCCACCCCCAUCACCACGUCCUCCCCACCCAUCCUCUCCUCCUCCCCAUACUCCCCCGCUGCCCCUCUCGCCCCCUCUACCGCCCCACCUGUCCUCCCCACUCCUGGUGCCCCUGCACCCUACUACCCCCCCGCCCCCUCCCCUGCCGCCCCACCCUCCUCUGCGCCGCCCAUUCUUGCCCACCACAACCGCCCAGCAGCCUAUCCUGCCACCCCUCCCAGAGGGCCCCCUCCCCAUGCUCCUCCUCCCCAUAGCCCUCCUUUCCACGGUCCCCCUCCCCCCCACGCCGGCCCUCCCCACGGUCCCCCUCCCCACGGUCCCCCUCCCCAUACUCCCCCUCCCUACAAUCGAGGUCCCCCUCCUGGUCCCCCUCCCCACAGCACCCCGCCCAGAAACUUCCCCCCCAGCCCUUAUGGCCCCCCCGGUCCCCCCCAAGGGUCCCCCCAAGGCCCCCCUUUCCGCGGCCCUCCCCCUCCCGGGCCUUACCCUCCCGGACCUCCUGGUGGGCCUCCUCCCGGACCAGGUGGUCCGGGGCCUGCCGGGCCUCCGUACGGACCUCCUAGGCCCGGUGGUCCAACCCCGGGGCAGUUUUACCCUCCCCCUGGUGGGCCUCCCCCAUAUGGCCCUCCCCGUGGUCCCCCUCCCCCGAUGCCUGGGCGUGGUCCCCCUCCCCCUAUGAUGGGGGGACCCCCUCCCCCAGGUGGCCCUCCCCCUGGCCCUCCUCCCCCUGGGCGCCCCCCCCCACAGCCAUUCCCCCCAGGCGCUGGUCCCCCUCCCCCCGGCAUGGGGGGAGGCCCCCCUCCCCCUGGAAUGCCCCCUCCUCCAUACAUGGGGGGAGGGGGCCCUCCCCCUGGUCCCCCAGGUAUGCCUCCCCCUCCUGGCAUGGCAGGGGGGCCUCCCCCUCCUGGGUAUCCAGGGGGACCGCCUCCCCCAGGUAUGCCUCCCCCUGGUGGCCCGCCAGGGAUGCCACCUCCACCUGGAUAUGGUCCACCUCCCCCUAGAUAUGGACCAGGAGGACCGCCUCCUCCCGGCGCCACCUCGAACGCCAUGGCGCUGUGUUCGUGUCCCAAGGCGCUGACGAGUAUGGUCGUGUACGCGGACGAGAAUUCCGGCCACGUGCACCUCUGCCUACCGUUCUACGUUGACGUCUGCGGCGAGUGCCACCUCUCGCUAUAUCGCGGAUGCUGCUGCAGCGGCGCGCGCACGCUACACAACCACCCCGCGGAGAUUCAGGAGCGGCGCGAGCUGAUGGCGAAGGUAAUGGCGGAGCUGAUGGCGCGCGCGCAGAAGCGGCGAAAGAUGAAAGCGCGCGAGGCGAUCGCCAAGAUGCAGGCGGCUAAGGAGGCCAGAAUCCAACACGUGGACAAAGACUCGUUGAUGCGGGCUCUCUCAAAGGGCGACGAAUAUCCGCCCACCAAGGCGCAUGCUGUUCACCCCCACACGCCGAGGGAGGUGGUGACGCGCUGCUGGUCGCCCGCCAUGGAGUGCAGGGCGCAGCGCAUGCGCGUGCAGCAGCCACGUGCCGUGCACUGA